AUGGAUUGGACGAAUGAAGAGUGUCUACUUCUCAUUGAGAUGUAUAAAGCCAGAUCAAUUCUAUGGGAUCCGACCAAUAGUCAAUACAAGAUGGCAAAAAGAAAAAUUGAUUAUUGGUGUGAAAUAAGUAAGGAAAUGAAGAAAAGUGUAAACGAAGUUAAGAGGAAGAUGGAAAGUUUACAAGCGUCAUAUAGAAGGGAACGUCGCCUUGAAGUAAACACAAAACGUUCUGGCGCUGGAGCUGAUGAAGUGUUUCAUUCAAAGUGGUUUGCUUUUAAAGCAAUGCAGUUUUUGAACGACAAAUUUUCGCCACGAGAAACUAAAGAUACCAUUGAUCCAGAUAAUAGUCAAUUAUUAGAAGAUUCUAUUAUAAAUGUCAAUGAAAAUAUUAUAGACGAAUUGUUGGGGGAAACAUCAAGGGAAGCAGAACAACCUCGAGAGCAAAGAAAACCAUUUGUUUCUCCCAAAAAACUACCAAACAAACGUAAAAAAACAACUGACAGUGAUAAAGUUAUUCAAAAUUUACAAAAUAUUAUGCAAGAUAUUUCUGAUAAAAGGCAAGCAAAAAAACAAAAAAAUGAUUCUACCAUAUUUGGAGAAUUUAUUGCUAGCAAAUUAGAGCAGUUCGAUGAUCGAACGAAAACAAUAUUACAACAUCAAAUAAGUUCUUUAAUAUUCAACGCUGAAUUAAGCUUCAAAUUCCAACACCAAACUAAUCAGUCUCAAGAUACUUCAACAUCACAAAUUGCUGCAUCUUUGCCAGAUUUUCAGUCGAUUUAUUCUAUACCACCACAGUCAAUAAGAACAUACGAUACUUCAACAUCUUCGCCUUCUAUGCAGUUACCGUAUUCUACUUUAACACCUUCAACAGCUCACCAUUCUACAUUUUCAACUCAACCACAGUCACCGGACACAUACUUUUCGUCAUCGUCUUCGCCAUCUCUUCAUUCUAUGUCCUCUGUUCCGCCUCAGUCGCCACAGUCACAGUAUAUUCCUAACAACUUUUCUGAUUUUUCCUCAAUUAUUGCAGUGCAUACUUCCGGAAUUAUAGACGAAAUGGAUGAUUUUGAUACUUUAAAGAGUAACGAUAAGCUUGCAAAAGAAUCACCCGUGGCUAAGUAUCUGAGAGUUAAAGCUAGUCUUUCAUUUGCUGAUAUAGAUAACCUAAACUGUGAGUCAUUCUACAGCAGUUCUUGA